CUUAUAGCCCGUGCGAAUCAAAGGCAUGGGGCGGAGUGUGGGUACAGGGCAUUGUUAGUGCUGUUCGCAAGGACAUGUUCUUACGACUUCUGAUGUGAUUUCUAAAUAUGACUUCACAAGUCACAUUUAGAACUGCGAGUCUCGUGCAACUUUCAAUAGAAGGGCGCAGGCUUCAUUGGUUAUGGCUUCGUCUGGAGCCGUCACGCCUUACAGAUUGAUCUUCUUCCUGUCGCCUGUUGACCCGGGCUCCUUUAGUGUGGCAGUACCUUCCCUGAAUUCUGCAUUGGCUAGGGAGUGGCAAAUAGCAGCAUAAUUGAAGGGCACGAUGGCAAAUGCAGCGUGAUCUUUCAGGCGUCGUUUCACUUGUGCAGAAGUGUUUGUGCUUAAAACAAUGGCUGUUGCUUCGAAACCCAUCAGCGGUGGGCUCACUAAACUUCCUUCUGAUGCUGUGUCCUUCCUGGACACUUGGUUCACAACAUCAGAUAGCAUUUCGUCCGCACCAUUCAUCCUGGAGUCCUUGACUGAAGAGCACACAAACCUUCUGAGAAGAAACACAAGGUUGGAGGCGCGCUUAGCCAGAGAGGCCGCCCGCGCCUGCGAACAGAGCGAGAAGGCGCUAGCAGCACUCUCAAGCCUGGCAGAAAGGGUGGGAAGGACCAAGGAUGAUGCGGAGGCGGCGAGUGCGGAGUCGACGCCGUUGGUGUGCAGGCUGGCCGAACUAGCGCACGAGGUGGCACGCGUUGAAAAGGUCCGGAUCUACGUCCAGGCACUCCUUCAGUUGGAGAGCUCUGUCAUUGACAUGGAGGAGCACAUUGCUGAGGCCAACAGGGCUCGGAGCGGAAAGCUUGACAGAUUGGUCCCAGCGGUUGAAGCGUUCAAGAAUACCACCACGCUGGCUGCUGACUUUGCAAGGACGCAUCCCCAGUGGUGGCGGCUGUUACUGGCUGUUGACCUGCGAUUAGACCAGGGGUUGGCUGGCAUCCGCCCCGCCCUUGACCAGAUCUACAGGGCCUCUCUCUCAAGUGUGAAUUGGCCCCCGCCGCUUCUUCCCGGCAGCGAAGCCACAGACGAGGACGGCACACUUCUCCACUUUGAUGGAUCCGAAGGAAACGAGUUUCGCAGCAGUUUCGGGACCCUCUCGCUGCUGCAAGUAGUUCAGAGCGCACGGGAAGUGCGGAGUCGGUCAGGAGGGGGGUCGGUUCUCGAGAGCACUGGGGGUUCGGGUUUAGAAUCGGAUCCGUUAUGGACGUUCCAGGCCCUGGUCGAGCCAAUAGCUAAGCAGGCGGAGCCGCACCUGAGCAAAUGGGUCGACCAACCGGAGUUCGCCUUCGCCCUCUGUUUAAAGGUCGCUCAGGACCAUGUCGGGUUAGCGGAUGCGGGGCUGCAACUCCUGCUGGAAAAGGCGGGUUUGGUCGGGGUUAGCGCGCGGGAGGAGUGGGUUAAGGCCGUGGCAGGCGCGCUAGCUAGCGCGCACCUGAGGGAGCGCGGGCUGCCGUUCCUGAUGCAGAAACUGGAAGAGGACAGAGAGGCAUAUGCCGUUCUGUGGUUGCUCACGGUCGACCAGGCGCUGGUCUUCGACAAGCAAAUGCAAAAGCUUGUAGCAGGGAGCAGCGGUAUCCGGUUAGGGCUAACGGAACCCGGUUACCCGGCCACCGUUGGGGUGUUCGCCGAAAGGGACGCGUGGUUAAGAACUUGGUCAAGGCUGGAACUGGAGGACGCGCAGAGAAAGGCCAAAGCGAUCCUGGUGAAAGACAGUGGUUGGGAAAUCGUCCACACCAAGGGGGAGAACGGGGACGAUUGGUCGGAAGAAGCAAAUGAUGUCGGGCCAAGCGGAUCGGAGUUUCGCCCGCCAAUGAAUGCGGAGGGGGUUGUAGGACUCCUCCAGGCAACAAUCGAACGGUGCAGAACGCUGCCCCGGGCGGAUCAUCGGCUGGCGUUCGUCGAGGCGGUCACGCUGCCGCUGCUGGCACGGUAUGAGGAAAAAGUAAAAGACAAGUGCCAGGAGAUCCAGGGCCUCACCAGCCUGGCCCAUGACGCCGACAUGGUGAGAAUAGCCGCAGGCCUCAACGGGCUUCACUUCAUCGAACAGCAGAUGCACGAUUGGAGCGAUGAGCUGUUCUUCAUUGAGCUCCAAGCAGCGGCGACAACUAGAACAAGGACAAGCGGUGCCCCAGUCGGUGAUGGGUGGGACUUGGACGUGGGCACUUCUGCGGCAGGGGGGUCGGAACGGGGGGCCGGGGAGGGGGGGGAGACGGGGAGUGUGUUCGACGAGGAGGUGCGGCGGGCCCAGGAGCUGCAGGAAGAGUGGCUCGGGAAGCUCGUCAGCGCCAUGGUCCGCCAAUUUGAGAGCAGAACGGAAGAGUAUCAACGAAACAAGAAGCGCUGGUCCGAAGACUCCCACCCAAGCAGUCUCCGGGACGGAAGUCAAGACAUCCCAAGCACCUCAGCCACUCCCCGCUUGUCCGGGGAAACCUCUAGACGUCCCUCCCGAUCCGACACAGCCCACACUCCCUCCCCAGAAGACAAGGCCGCUGCAAAACGGAAAAGACGGGUGACGUUCAACCUCGACAACUUGCCCGACAGAGGGGCAGGCGGGGUUGAGAACCGGGUUAGCGGUAACUCGUCGGCGGAGCCUAGCCCGCAGCCCGGGGGGAUCCCCCUAGUGGUGGACGUGUCGCCGACUCUGGUCGACGCCCUGUCGGCGUUCCGAUCGCAGCUCCUGGCCCUCCACGUGGCGCUCGAUGAGGAGCUGUUCACGAAACUGUGGAGAAGAGUGGCGGCAGCGAUCGACCAGCUGCUUCUAGAUAAGGUUGUACUGGGCAGCAGCCACUUUGCAAAGACCGGCACGGCGCAGCUCCAAGCGGAUUUGGAAGCGCUGGCGUCCGUUUUCCGUCCGUUCACGGGUCGCCCGCUUGCGCACUUCCGGUUGCUUUCGGACGCCCUGACGCUACUCAACCUGCCGGGGCAUGCUGCACGGUCGUUGCAAGGGGCUCUUACGGGGCAAAGCAAGGAAACCUCCGCAGUAGAAGAAUUGAAAGGCCACGGCAUCCGGAGACUGAGUGCCGCACAGGCCGAAUCUAUUCUGCAACAUCGAUAAAGCAUAAAAACUGCGCUCUCUUUGCGGUGCAUCUUGUUGUCAG